UUUCCCUGCGGCCGCUGAUCCGCCGACUCCUUCCGGGUCGACGGAAAGUCGGCUGUGCUGCACAGAUCCCGGACUGUCUGCAAAGGUCGUCAGCUGUCGGUCCCGUUGAGCUCCUGCUGCAGUGCGAGUGUCAGGCGUGCGUGCACCAUGGCGAGCCUCCUGCGCGUCGUGCUGUCCAGCUGCUCAGCCCCCGUGCUCGGGGGCGUCUCGUCCGUGAAGGUGCAGACCAGCCCUGCCAUCAAGUCAACAUGUGUGCGCUUCUUCCGGACUCAUCAAGCGCUCUGGCGGAGCACAGGUCCAGGAAUCCCAUACAAGCAACUCACCGUUGGCGUUCCCAAAGAGAUUUUCCAGAACGAGCGCCGUGUGGCCCUGUCUCCAGCUGGUGUCCAGGCUCUCAUCAAGCAGGGCUUCAAUGUCGUCGUGGAGUCCGGAGCCGGAGAGCCCUCCAAGUUCCCCGACGAACAGUACGCUCAAGCCGGAGCGACAAUUAAAGACGUGAAAGAUGUGCUGGCGUCCGACUUGUUGGUGAAGGUCCGUGCGCCCACAUUUAGCCCUGCUUUGGGGGCUCAUGAGGUGGACUUGAUGAAGGAAUCAUCGACUUUACUCAGUUUCAUCUACCCAGCUCAGAACCCUGAACUGAUGGACAUGCUGUCCAAGAAGAAGGCCACGGUCCUGGCGAUGGACCAGGUGCCCAGGGUCACCAUCGCCCAGGGCUACGAUGCACUGAGCUCCAUGGCAAACAUUGCAGGAUACAAAGCCGUCGUCUUGGCAGCCAACAAUUUCGGACGUUUCUUCACGGGACAAAUCACAGCAGCUGGUAAAGUGCCACCUGCAAAGGUGCUGAUUAUUGGAGGAGGUGUUGCAGGUCUGGCAGCUGCUGGCACCGCCAGGGCCAUGGGAGCCAUCGUCCGAGGAUUUGAUACCAGAGCUGCAGCGUUGGAGCAGUUUAAAUCCCUCGGCGCAGAGCCGCUGGAGGUGGACAUACAGGAGUCGGGAGAAGGCCAGGGAGGUUACGCCAAGGAAAUGUCGAAGGAGUUCAUAGAGGCAGAGAUGAAGCUGUUCGCCAAGCAGUGUCAGGAAGUGGACAUUGUCAUCAGCACGGCUCUUAUCCCAGGUAGGCGGGCACCGAUUCUCAUCACCAAACCAAUGGUGGAGAGCAUGAAGGACGGUUCAGUGGUGGUGGAUAUGGCCGCUGAGGCCGGAGGAAACAUUGAGACCACAGUUCCAGGAGAGCUGUCCGUACACAAGGGAGUGACUCACAUCGGCUACACAGAUCUGCCCAGCCGCUUGCCAACACAGUCCAGCACUCUGUACUCCAACAACAUCACUAAGCUGUUGCGGGCAAUCAGUCCAGACAAGGAGAACUUUUACUUCGAUGUCAAGGAUGUGUUUGAUUACGGGACCAUGGAUCACGUUGUCAGAGGAUCAGUUGUCAUGCAGAACGGACAGAACUUGUUCCCCGCUCCUCAGCCCAACAACGUUCCCAUCGCAGCUCCUCCUAAACCCAAGACGGUCCAGGAGCUGGAGGCCGAGAAGGCCUCACAGGUCUCCCCCUUCAAGGCCACACUCACCACAGCUAGCUUGUACACUGGAGGUAUCGGCACCCUGCUCGGUCUGGGGUUGUCGGCUCCUAACGCCGCCUUCACCCAGAUGGUCACCACCUUUGGUCUCGCUGGCAUCGUGGGAUACCACACGGUUUGGGGAGUCACUCCUGCACUGCACUCUCCACUCAUGUCUGUCACCAACGCCAUCUCAGGUCUGACGGCUGUGGGUGGUCUGUCCCUGAUGGGAGGGAGCUACUUGCCAUCUACUACUGCAGAGACAUUGGCCGUUCUUGCUGCCUUCAUCUCUUCAGUCAACAUUGCCGGUGGCUUCCUGGUGACCCAGAGGAUGCUGGACAUGUUCAAACGUCCCACUGAUCCUCCUGAGUACAACUACCUCUACCUGCUUCCAGCCGGCGUUUUUGUUGGCGGCUACGCCGCUGCUCUGCAAGCUGGAUACAACGUAGAACAGAUGAUGUACUUGGGCUCUGGUCUGUGCUGUGUCGGUGCCCUGGCAGGUCUUUCCAACCAGACCACCGCUCGCCUGGGUAACACUCUGGGAAUGAUCGGAGUCGCAGGAGGGCUGGCUGCCACUCUGGGUGCCCUCAAACCGAGCCCCGAGCUCCUGGCUCAGAUGAGCGCAGCCAUGGCUGUGGGUGGAACGGCCGGAUUGACCAUUGCCAAGAAGAUUGAGAUCAGUGACUUGCCUCAGCUGGUGGCUGCAUUCCACAGCUUGGUGGGGCUGGCUGCGGUGCUCACCUGCGUGGCCGAAUAUAUGAUCGAGUACCCUCACUUUGCCACGGACCCCGCGGCCAACCUGACCAAGAUAGUCGCCUACCUCGGCACUUACAUCGGCGGGAUCACUUUCAGCGGCUCUUUGGUGGCGUACGGCAAACUGCAAGGCAUCCUGAACAGCGCUCCUCUGAUGCUUCCCGGCCGCCACGCUCUCAAUGCCACGCUCAUGGCUGCUAGCGUCGGUGGGAUGGUUCCCUACAUGCUGGAUCCAAGUUACACCACAGGCAUGACCUGUCUGGGAUCGGUUUCUGCCCUGUCUGCCGUCAUGGGCGUAACUCUGACUGCGGCCAUCGGAGGAGCGGACAUGCCGGUGGUCAUCACUGUACUCAACAGUUACUCGGGCUGGGCGCUGUGUGCCGAGGGCUUCCUGCUGAAUAACAACCUGCUCACCAUCGUCGGCGCUCUCAUCGGCUCCUCUGGAGCCAUUCUGUCUUACAUUAUGUGUGUGGCCAUGAAUCGUUCGCUUGCCAACGUGAUCCUUGGGGGUUACGGCACAUCCUCCACCGGGACAGGAAAGCCCAUGGAGAUCACGGGGACACACACAGAGGUGAACGUGGAACAGACUGUCGACAUGAUUAAAGAGGCCCACAACAUAAUCAUCACUCCAGGUUAUGGACUUUGUGCUGCAAAGGCUCAGUAUCCCAUCGCUGAGCUGGUAAAGAUGCUCUCAGAGGCUGGCAAGAAAGUCAGGUUCGGUAUUCACCCCGUCGCCGGCCGUAUGCCCGGUCAGCUCAACGUGCUGCUGGCCGAAGCAGGUGUCCCGUAUGACAUUGUCCUGGAAAUGGAAGAAAUCAAUGAGGACUUCCCUGAAACUGACCUGGUUCUGGUGAUCGGCGCCAACGACACAGUGAACUCGGCCGCCCAAGAAGACCCCAACUCCAUCAUCGCUGGCAUGCCCGUGCUGGAGGUCUGGAAGGCGAAGCAGGUCAUCGUGAUGAAACGAUCUCUGGGCGUCGGGUACGCAGCGGUGGAUAACCCCAUCUUCUACAAACCUAACACUUCGAUGUUGCUCGGCGACGCCAAGAAGACGUGUGACGCCCUGCAGGCCAAGGGCCCGGGGGCUCAGGUCCCGGAAACUGACCCCCCCCCCCCCCCUCUAACCCCCCUGGUUCAGAGACACCUCCACCUGAGAGCACAAAGAGGAAAAGAUUUAAAAAUUCAUCUCUGUACAGCUGUAACCUCACCAACUGAGAUGAGCAGUUUUUUUGGGGAUCCCCCUUCCUGUUAUCUAAAAAUGAAGGAAUGUUGUCUUGUGCAGCAGUGGGAUCUAUACAAUAGAUACUGUAUAUUUAUUUUUAGCUGAUGUAACGGGACAUCUUUUAUUUCUAGAUCAUGAGGAAAGGCUGCACUGUAAUCAGGAGUUCAACUUUAGACACAUUUAUUGAUUUAAAAUAAAUAAAAUCAAGAUCAUAGGUGC